AGUAAGUAACAUUAUCAUUUCAGCAAAGACAGCACCAUGCAGAUCUUUGUGAAGACCCUAACGGGCAAGACUAUCACCCUCGAGGUUGAACCCUCGGAUACUAUUGAAAAUGUCAAGGCCAAGAUCCAGGACAAAGAAGGCAUUCCCCCUGAUCAGCAGCGUCUGAUUUUUGCUGGCAAACAGCUGGAAGAUGGACGCACUCUGUCUGAUUACAACAUCCAGAAAGAGAGCACCCUGCAUUUAGUGCUGCGUCUGAGAGGAGGUGUAAUUGAACCCAACAGCACCAUGCAGAUCUUUGUGAAGACCCUAACGGGCAAGACUAUCACCCUCGAGGUUGAACCCUCGGAUACUAUUGAAAAUGUCAAGGCCAAGAUCCAGGACAAGGAAGGCAUUCCCCCUGAUCAGCAGCGUCUGAUUUUUGCUGGCAAACAGCUGGAAGAUGGACGCACUCUGUCUGAUUACAACAUCCAGAAAGAGAGCACCCUGCAUUUAGUGCUGCGUCUGAGAGGAGGUGUAAUUGAACCCAGUCUGAGAAUUCUGGCACAGAAAUACAACUGUGACAAGAUGAUCUGUAGAAAGUGCUAUGCUCGCCUGCACCCCAGGGCCACCAACUGCCGCAAGAAGAAAUGUGGCCACACCUCCAACAUCAGGCCAAAGAAGAAGAUUAAGUAGACACUUGCUGUGGGACAGUUCAAGAAAUAUACAGAAAUGUUGCCUAAUUCAAACAUACAUUGUGUAAAACACGUGACCAACUGGACUUUUUAUUCAUUGAAAAGUACAAAAAAUAAGGCAAAUCACAAAUAUUGAGAUGAGUAAAUGUAUAUAAGGAAAAGCU